AUGAUGAAUAACGUGGUCGAAAAGACGGUGGAAAAUACAAUGAAGAAAUCGAUAGACAAGUCAUCAGAUUACGACUUGGCAGAAAAAAUGGAAAACAUGAAAAAGGUAAUAAUUGAAGAAGUACGGAGAAACUUGGUAUACAGUAAACCGGUGGGACCAAUAAUGAGCUCUAAGGAUAUCCUAACCCUAAGUCAAGAACAGGAAAGUAAAUUUAAUGAAGAAGUACACGAAUUGGGAUUACAUGUGAAUAGAAUACAUCACAAUUCAACUCCAGCUUUUUUAUACGAAAUGGCUUUGAAAUAUGAGUCCAAUUCUUUUAUAACGAGCACAGGAGCGUUAUGUUGCAUUUCUGGAGAAAAAACAGGAAGGUCUCCAUCGGACAAAAGGAUUGUGAAGGAGAGCUCCUCUGAGGAGAACAUCUGGUGGGGGAAGGUAAAUAUCCCAUUAAAGGAAAAAUCUUACGAAAUAAAUAAAGGCAGAGCGAUAGAUUAUCUAAAUUUGCAACCAAACUUGUACGUAAUAGAUGCAUAUGCAGGAUGGGAUGAAAACUGUAGAAUGAAAAUUAGAGUUAUUACCUCCAGAGCAUAUCAUGCAUUGUACAUGUUAAAUAUGCUUAUUCCCCCAAAAAAUGUAGAAGAAAUACAAAAUUUUAUUCCAGAUUUUAUUAUAUACAAUGCUGGAGAUUUUCCUUCGAAUAGAUUAACUGAUGGAAUGUCAAGUAAAACAUCAGUCAUUAUAAAUUUCGGUGCUAUGAAUAUGAUUAUAUUAGGAACACAAUAUGCUGGGGAAAUGAAAAAAGGAAUUUUAACCUUAUUUAUGUAUAAAAUGCCUUUGGAAGGGAAAUUACCUUUACAUUCAUCAUGCAAUGUUGGGAAGAAAAAUGAUGUCACUUUAUUCUUUGGACUCUCAGGGACAGGAAAGACAACCCUAUCUGCUGAUGCAAAUAGAUAUCUCAUAGGAGAUGAUGAACAUGUUUGGACAGACGAUGGAAUAUUCAACAUAGAAGGUGGAUGUUAUGCAAAAUGUAAAGGUCUAUCAAAGAAACAAGAACCUGAAAUAUAUAAGGCCAUAAAAUUUGGUGCUAUUCUAGAAAAUGUAGUUAUGGAUCCAGUUACGAGAGAAGUAGACUACAACAAUUGUUCAAUAACAGAAAAUACUCGAUGUGCUUAUCCUCUAUCUUAUAUUGAAAAUGCAAAAAUUCCAGCCUAUGUUCAUAUGCAUCCUCAGAAUAUUAUUCUCCUUACUUGUGAUGCAUUUGGAGUGAUCCCUCCAUUGUCUAAGUUGGAUGUAUAUCAAAUGAUGUACCAUUUUGUUAGUGGGUAUACAAGCAAAAUGGCAGGUACAGAAAGCGACGUUUUGAAACCAACAGCUACGUUCUCUUCAUGUUAUGCUGCUCCCUUCUUGGCACUCCAUCCUAUGGUUUACGCCAAAAUGUUGGCAGAGAAAUAUCAGAAACAUAAGGCCAAUGUAUGGCUGUUAAAUACUGGUUGGAUUUAUGGCUCCUACGGUUCGCAGAAUGGACAAAGGAUUCCGUUGAAGUACACACGCAUGUUGGUAGACUGCAUUCAUGAGAAUAAGCUUAUUGAUGUGGAGUAUAAAAAGACACCCAUUUUUAACUUUAACAUUCCUGCCCGUGUGGAUGGCAUUCCGGAGGAGGUUCUAGACCCCCUCGUGGGGUGGAAGGACAAGGAGGAUUACAUGAAAAACCUCCAGAACUUGGCCAGGGAGUUUAUUAGCAAUUUUACGUUGUUUUCGGACAAGGCGGGCCCUGACAUCCUUUCCGGGGGACCCACCCUCUAG